AUGCUUCCUUCAAGACUUUUUCGCAAUACAGGCAUUCCACCAUCCCUUCGCAGCUUGAUCACCCCGCACGCGAACCUACCAUCGAAUGUUGCCGUACAGUUGCGUCUGCGCUUGGGUGUCAUACCGGGCACUGUUUCUAGCGCAUCGAGAACAAUAGGAACGAAUGCUGCAUCAAAUACAUCCUCUUCCUCUACUUCUCCAUCUUCGUCUUCAAAACCAACCACCAAAGACCCAGUAGUCCCACCACCUCCAUCCGCCUCAGCAUCUGAAUCAUCAACCUCAGCCACGACAACAACCGACUCACAACCACUACCAGAAAAAAUCGAGCCCAAAUUGUCGCUGACGUUCACUUGCACUGUCAGUGGAUGCGGUGAACGUUCAACACAUCAGUUUACAAAGAAGGCAUACGAAAAGGGGAUCGUAUUGGUGCAAUGUCCAGGAUGCAAGAACAGACAUCUGAUUGCUGACCAUCUGGGGUGGUUCAAAGACUCGACCCAAGGGGGCAAAUUGCGGACAGUGGAGGAUAUUUUGAAAGAAAAGGGCGAGACUGUAAAGCGCGGCGCGUUGAGCCCCAACGGUGAUGUUUCAUAUUUUGAGUAA